AUGAUCUUGCCUCGAGUGUCCAUUCUUCUAGCCGCACUCGUUACGCUCGUCGUGUCCGGGCCACCUUCGGCAGCUAUUUAUCAGAGAUCCGUCCCGCAAGGCUGGUCGCUACACCGCCGCGCCGACCCUGAAACAUUUUUUCCUCUCAAGUUCAGCCUUGUCCUGUCUAACCUCCAUAAACUUGAGGCAUACUUGCUGGAAAUCGCGGACCCCGCGUCGCCGAACUAUGGUAGGCACUGGUCCCCCGCCAAGGUAGCCGACACCUUCCGACCCUCGACGGCGACCGUUGACGCCAUGCGUACUUGGCUGGCUGUCGACAACGGGAUUGGUCUGGCCAACAUCCAGCUGAGCCGCAACGGGGACGCACUUCAUGUCAACGUAACUGUUGCCGAGGCCGAGCGCAUCCUCGGCGCAGAGUACAACAUCUAUCGUCAUGGCGAGACAGGCAUUGAGCGGGUCGGCUGCCACAAAGGCUACGUCUUGCCGGAGCAUGUGUCGAAGCACGUCGAUAUUGUGUGGCCAACUGUGCACUUCGAGAGGUCUGCGGUGGCCUGGAGGGACACCUCAGCGUCCGGCCGCUGGCGUGCUGAGCGUGAGUCUGGUGUGGUCAAAAGGCCAAUCACGGAAGGAGAGCUAGAGGUGUCUGGGUGCGACCAGGCUGUGACGAUUGCGUGCCUCCGUGACCUGUAUCAUUUCGACUACCAGCCACUUGCCGCUGAUCGGAACACCAUUGCAGUCGCCGAAUUCGGUGCCGAAUUUGUUCUCCCGUCGGAUCUCACUAUGUUCUUUCAAAAGUAUGCUCCUGCGAGAGUGGGUCAAAUACCUACGCUGAUCAGCAUUGAGAAUGGAACCAACACCCCGCAGGGGGAUUCAGUAGAGCCCUCGCUGGAUUUUGACCUCGUAAUGGGUCUGCUGAACGCUACGCAAGAGGUGCUGCAGUACGCGGUAGGGACCACCCAGGACAAUCAGGAACCCAUCGAUGAGCUACUUGGAGCUCUCGAUGCUUCGUUCUGUGCGCUGGAGGGUGUAAGCGGUGAAGGUCUCAUUGACUGCGGAGACAAGCCUUUGCCGAAUGUUAUAUCUAUCUCAUACCAUUUUUCGCCGGACUACGACGAUCCAAACAUCACUCCCGUCAUUUCCAGGCAAUGCGCCGAGAUUGGCAAGCUCAGCCUGACUGGUAUCACAUUCGUUGCUUCGUCUGGUGACAGUGGAGUGUCGUACGGGGGCGGGUUGGGGGGCUGUUUGGUGAACGGUACGCUGGUCGAUGGGAACCCUAAUGGAUCGUUCGUUGGACAAUUCCCUGCCUCGUGCCCAUACGUCACCGCCGUCGGUGCCACGUCAGUAGUCCCUGGGAACAGCGUGAAUGACCCUGAGGAAGCGACCACUGCUUUCCCGUCAGGAGGCGGUUUCUCGAAUGUGUUUGCCCAACCACGCUUCCAAAGGACUCAAGUCAGCAAUUACCUGGCCAAAUUUGCACCCGACUACGCCCCAGACAUCUUCAAUAGGUCUGGCAGAGCUUACCCCGACGUCGCAGCUAACGGGUUCCCUAUUGUCAUUGCGGAUGGCGGCGAGUUUGGUUUAGCGGGCGGAACAUCUGCAUCCGCACCCAUUUUCGCUUCGGUCGUCGCGUCGAUCAACGAUGCCCGGAUUGCUGCUGGUAAAAGCACAGUGGGUUGGAUUAAUCCGGCGCUCUAUUCAAGGGCCUUUGCUCAUGCCUACAAUGAUGUGACGAACGGCAGCAACCCGGGAUGUCAGACUAGUGGCUUCCCCACAGCCCCCAGCUGGGACCCUGUGACUGGGCUCGGAACUCCAAAUUUCCCCCUUCUCCUUGCAGCCUUUCUGGCGCUUCCCUGA